AUGUCCAAGGUAACGGGGGCCGGGAGCCCCGCGCCGGGGGCGGCGGCGGCGGCGUCCGGGGCGGCGGCGUCCGGGGCGGCGGCGUCCGGGGCGGCGGCGGUCGGCAAGGAGAAGCGCUCUCUGAGCAAGCGCCUGUUCCGGAGCGGUCGAGCCGCCGGCUCCCCGGCCUCGCCGUCCGCCCGGCCGGUGGGCGGCUUCAUGAGCCGGGUGCUGAAGACGCUGUCCACGCUGUCCCACUACGGCACCGAGAGCUCGCCCCUGGCCGAGCGGGGCCGGACCCCGGCCUUCGGAGGCUGCUUCCCGGCCGCGGCCCCGCCCCGGGCCUCCCCGCAGCAGCAGCAGCCGCCGCCGCCGCCGCCGCCGCCGCCGCAGCCCCCGGUGUCCCCGGCCGCGCCCCCGCAGCCCCCCGCCGCCUCGGACCCCGUGCCCGGCGUGGCGGGGCUGAAAAACCACGGCAACACCUGCUUCAUGAACGCCACCCUGCAGUGUCUCAGCAACACCGAGCUCUUCGCCGAGUACCUGGCGCUGGAGCAGUACCGGGGGGACGGCCGGGGCACCCCCCCGCCGCCCCCCGCCCAGCCCAACGGGCUGCCCGGCAACCCGCAGCCCAAGGGCGAGGUCACCGAGCAGCUGGCGCAACUCGUGCGGGCGCUGUGGACCCUGGAGUACACCCCCCAGCACAGCAGGGACUUCAAGAGUAUUGUGUCAAAAAAUGCACUCCAGUAUCGAGGAAAUUCUCAGCAUGAUGCUCAGGAGUUUUUGUUGUGGCUUUUGGAUCGUGUGCACGAAGACCUCAACAACAGUGUGAAACACAAUAACCGAACCCCGCUUAAGCCACCGUUAGAAAAUGAUGUGGUGCCAGAGGGACCAACCUUUCCUGUUAGUAGCACUUUUGUACAAGAACUUUUUCAAGCCCAGUACAGGUCUUCAUUGACAUGUCCUCAUUGCCAGAAACAGAGCAACACCUUUGACCCUUUCCUCUGCAUUUCUCUACCAAUUCCUCUACCCCAUACAAGGCCUCUGUACGUUACUGUGGUCUAUCAAGGGAAAUGUUCUCACUGCAUGAGGAUCGGUGUGGCGGUACCUCUGACCGGGACAGUGGCCAGGCUGCGAGAGGCAGUGUCCAAGGAAACCAAGAUCCCCACUGACCAGAUUGUGUUAACAGAGAUGUACUACGAUGGGUUCCAUCGUUCCUUUUGUGACACAGAUGAUCUGGAGGUGGUACAAGAAAGUGACAGCAUUUUUGCCUUUGAGACUCCUGAGAUAUAUAGACCUGAAGGAAUACUCAGUCAAAGAGGAAUGCAUUUAAGCAAUAAUCUGAACAAUUUGAAAUAUGCUACUGAUCACCAUAGAAUACCUUCACAAAUACAAACGACAACAAGGCAAGGAAAGUUGGAAUUGUCCUCAACAAGAGCAACAACUGACAAGAUCGUUCUGCUGGUGUGUAACCGAGCAUGUACUGGGCAGAAGGGCAAGAGGUUUGGACAACCCUUUGUGCUGCAUCUAGAGAAGACGAUAGCCUGGGAUCUUCUUCAGAAGGAGAUAUUAGAGAAGAUGCAGUAUUUCUUGAGGCCGACAGUUUGCAUUCAGGUUUGUCCAUUCAGUUUGCGAGUGGUCAGUGUGGUGGGAAUAACAUACCUGCUACCGCAGGAGGAGCAGCCCCUCUGCCAUCCAGCUGUAGAAAGGGCAUUGAGGUCGUGUGGACAUGGUGGCUCAGCUCAUGUGAAAUUGAUAGUAGAAUGGGACAGAGAGACAAAAGAUUACCUAUUUGUAAAUACUGAAGAUGAAUAUGUUCCAGAUGCAGAAAGUGUCCGUCUGCAGAAGGAGCAGCAUAAUCAGCCUCAGACCUGCACUUUAUCACAGUGUUUCCAACUUUACACCAAAGAGGAGCAGCUUGCUCCAGAUGAUGCCUGGCGUUGUCCCCAUUGUAAGAAGCUGCAGCAGGGGAGCAUAACUUUGAGUCUAUGGACUUUGCCUGAUGUGCUUAUCAUACACCUAAAGAGAUUUCGACAGGAAGGGGACAGGCGCGUGAAGCUUCAGAACAUGGUGAAAUUCCCUCUGACUGGCUUGGACAUGACACCUCAUGUGGUAAAACGCAGCCAGAGUAGCUGGAGUCUACCAUCUCAUUGGUCCCCAUGGAGGCGUCCUUAUGGGCUUGGGAGAGACCCUGAGGACUACAUAUAUGAUCUGUAUGCUGUAUGUAAUCAUCAGGGGACCAUGCAAGGGGGACAUUAUACAGCCUACUGUAAGAACUCAGUGGAUGGGCUAUGGUACUGCUUUGACGACAGCAAUGUGCAGCAAUUGUCUGAAGAUGAAGUCUGCAAACAGACGGCUUAUAUCCUCUUCUACCAGCGGCGGACUGCCAUCCCGUCGUGGUCAGCCAACAGCUCAGUUGCAGGCUCCACGAGUUCUUCACUGUGUGAACACUGGGUAAGCCGGCUCCCUGGUAGCAAACAGGCUAGCGUCACCUCUGCAGCUUCUUCCCGUCGCACAUCUCUGGCUUCGCUCUCGGAAUCUGUGGAGUUGACUGGUGAACGAAGCGAAGAUGAUGGUGGAUUCUCUACUCGACCCUUCGUAAGAGGCGUCCAGCGCCAAAGCUUAUCCUCCAGAUCCUCUGUCACCAGCCCUCUGGCAGUCAACGAGAACUGUAUGAGACCAUCUUGGUCACUGUCUGCUAAGCUGCAACUGCGUUCUAACUCUCCUUCCCGUUUCUCAGGGGAGUCUCCAGUUCACACCUCUUCCUCUACCUUGGAGAAGAUCGGUGAGGCCGCAGACGACAAGGUUUCCAUAUCCUGCUUUGGUAGCUUGAGAAAUCUUUCCAGUAGUUACAUGGAUCCAAGUGGCAGCCACAGCCGGCGUGAGCAGAAGGGGAGAGCUCCUCUUGCUGUUAUGGAAGGAGUAUUUCGAGACGAACUGGCCGUCAGGAAAUCAGGCUCAAGCCUUGCAGACACGCAGAGGAUAGGUUCAGGACAAGGGGACAGGGUGCAUCCUAUUUUGGAUCCCUUUGAUAACAAUAAUCAAAUCGCCUUUGUGGAUCAGAGCGACUCUGUUGAGAGCUCUCCCGUUAAAGAGAGCAAACCCUCCAGCGGCCCUGGCUUACCCCUGGAGAAAUCAGACAGCACAGCCAAAAAGUCUCCUGGCUCCAAAGGAGUUCCUGAACCAGAUAAAAGCUUGAGGAAAGGGAGGAUGGUCUUGGCAAACCAGGAGUCCUCUCAUUCAAACACCCCCUCUACGACUACUACUACUACUGCUAUUUCUCCUCCUCCUCCUCUCCCCUUAAAAAGCUCUCUGAAGACUUCCAGGAGCAAGGCUGAUUCCGUCAAGGCCAGUGGGCGACAUGCAUCCCCUGCCCCUCCACUCCCCAAGAAGGAGCUGGCAGCCAAACACCAAGACUCUGCGUCGUCAGCCGCUCAUCAGAAGCAAAAGUCAGCCUCUGUCCCGGCCCCCACGGCCCCCUCCAUCCCUGCCAAAAAAUCCGCCCCGGGCUCUGUCCCAAGGGGUCCCUCCUCGGGCAGCAAGACCAGGACUUCAGACCGAAGCCUCAGUAGGGAGGGCUCCAAAUCGAGCCUUGGAUCGGACAAAGGCAGCUCCCUCUCCACCUCCAAACCCAACUCGCCUAGAGUCAACCAGUCUAGAGGAGGUGAGAACAGUGGGGACAGCAAGCACGUGAGGAGUUCUUCGAUGGCCAGCCUGCGCUCUCCCAACCCAGGCACCAAGUCAGGCCUGAAGAGAGACAGUAAGUCAGAAGACAAGGGGCUUUCCUUUUUCAAAUCCGCUCUGAGGCAGAAGGAGACCCGGCGGUCUGCGGAUCUCGGCAAAACCACCCUGCUUUCGAAGAAGGCGAGCAGUGGUUCUGUCAGGUCUGUCUCUAGGAACCCAGGGGAUGACAGGCCUGAAAAGAGCAACCAGCCUCCAUCUUCCCAGCCUCCCAGUGUCAACGCUGUUGCUAAAGAGCAGGUUGUCUCUAAGGAUCCUGCCUCGGUCAAACAUUCGCUGCUGUCCCGAGGGGCCAAGUCUUCCCAGUUAAAACCAGGGGCCCCUCUGUCCCCUGGGGGUAAACAAGCUGCCGAGAAACCUUUGAAGACACUACCUUCCAGCAUGCAUACAUCUGCAUGGCCUUCUCAAAAACCUCAGUGAGGCGUCUGCCAUCCAGGUGUUUAACCUGUGUAAAGAAAGACUUUAUUUAUUCCCAGUC